UGUAUUGUAAACGUAAGCCCAAAAAAUGUAACAAAAAAGUCACUGUAGGCAAAAUGUUAUCUGUGCAUUUGGUCUAUAAAGAAAAUGGGCUUGACUUGACUUGACCUGAGUGCUGCUGAUAUCUGACCUUGUUGUGCCCACUGCAACCACACGGGCUUCAUUACUCAGGGAACAGCUGCCUCUUCUGAGUUCACUGAAAGCACAAUCCUAAGACGGUCUUUCUCCGAAUAAUCUUGAUCGCAAUCCGGAUUUGAGGAUUUGGAGAAUUGGCGCUAACUAGGGUUUUAAAUCAAGUUAAAUGCACAUGCAUGUCUACCUCUGUGUCAGACAACUUGCUACCGGUGUAAUGACAGCACCUGCUCCUGACUUACACUGUUAUAAAGUGUCUGGAGAUGUUUUGAGAGGAUUCCUGAUGCAAAUUUGUAACUGCGUUUUUUUACGGACAAUUUGAACCAGAUACAGAAUGCUGAUCCUAUCUCCCCAGGACGGAAAUUCCACGUGGCGUUUGAACUCUGCUGAUCGAGACCAGCCAUGGAUCAGCAGAGGUGGUUACACUCUUUUAGCCUCCAUCAUGGGCAGCUUCUCAGUGGCGGCGAUCAUUCUGAAUGUCCUUGUGAUUGUUGUGAUGCUCAAACAUCGUCAGCUGCGUCAGCCUCUCAGCUUCGCCCUGGUCAACCUGGCCGUCUGUGACCUGGGCUGUGCGCUGUUUGGAGGCCUGCCCACCACGGUCACCAGUGCCUUGGGUUACUUCAGUCUGGGCUCCGUGGGCUGCACUCUGGAGGGCUUUGCUGUUGCCUUCUUUGGUAUAGCCAGUCUUUGUACAGUUGCAGUUAUUUCUGUGGAACGUUACAUUGUGGUAUGUUAUCCUAUGGGGGCUGUUCUGUUCCAGACCAGACAUGCAGUGGCUGGCGUGGUUCUGUCGUGGGUAUGGUCCUUCAUCUGGAAUACUCCACCUCUUUUUGGUUGGGGAAGUUUUGAACUGGAGGGAUUGGAGUUAUCCUGUGCCCCUAACUGGUACAGCAGAGACUAUGGGAACAUGUCCUACAUAGUAAUUUACUUUUUUCUUUGCUUCGCCGUGCCCUUCUCCAUCAUCAUGGUGUCCUACGCAAGACUGCUGUGGACCCUACGGCAGGUGACCAAGCUGCAAGUAUCUGAGGGCAGCAGCACCAACCGCGUGGAGGUCCAGGUGGCUCGUAUGGUGGUGGUGAUGGUGCUGGCCUUCCUGCUCACCUGGCUGCCGUACGCUGCCAUGGCUUUGGCCAUAAUCCUAGACUCAAGUCUGUACAUCAACCCCCUUAUUGCAACUGUACCAGUUUUUCUGGCCAAGAGCAGCACUGUCUACAACCCCAUCAUAUAUGUUUUCAUGAACAGACAGCUCCGACGAUAUGCCAUACCAACGAUUCUGUGUGGAUGGAACCCGUGUGGAUCUGACGCUCAGACGUCAGAGGGGGAAAUGACUGUGGCGACUCUGAACAGGAGUCAAAGAGUCUCACCUAAACAAUCCUUGAAAGAGUGAAAGUGACAACAAAGAUACCUGUGAAGGACCUCCAUCAUCUAGAAGUUUUGUUUGUCCUUGUUUUUGUUUCUAUAAAAAAAAGGUUGUUUUUUUUUUUAUA